GAAAAGUCCAACAGGACUUGUUAGGACUGUCAAUUGCGCUAUCGGAAAUGGUUUAGGAGUCGUUGCGUAAGGACAGAAUGACAGAAAAACAGCCAUCAGGACACUGACCGCAGCAGAGGAGCGAGAUUCGACAGAAAGACUUCACUUUAAACAACAUGGAGUCCAUAUCGUAUGACCGGUUUACCACACCUGAGGCAGAAAUUAAUCACACUGGCCAGAAAUUUUUACUUGAAUCAGGUAGACAGAACAGAAAGAUGUACAUAAUAUAUGGCGUCCUCGUCCUCUAUGUGUUUAUACUGACACUGGCUGUAGGAAUUAAAAUCUCUCAGGUCAGCCAAAACGUCGCUGAUGUUGGACUUUCUGUGGAGUCCAUUGUUGCCUCAAUUAAAGAGGCCCCCAAAACUCUGCAAAUUGAAAAUGCUCAUUUCUCGGAGCGUGUGAUGCCGGUGCGAGGUCCCUGCCAGGAAGACUGGGUGUUUUAUAAAGAUUCAUGCUACUUUCAGUCUUCAGCAAAGAAGAGCUGGCAAAAUGCGGAGAACAACUGUAUCCAGAAAGGAUCACACUUAGUGGUUGUCAAUGACUUGGAUGAGCUUGACUUCCUAUCUGCAAUUGUGAAGACAUCUAACAGCUACUGGAUGGGGCUUGUUGAGAAAGAAGAGGGACAAUGGUCCUGGGUUGAUGGAACAGACUUUAGUGCUACUGAACACCACUGGGAUAUAGGUCAACCAGAUGACUGGGAUUUCCGUGUGAAUGGUGAGGACUGUGGGCAGAUCCAUGCUCGGAUAAGUGAGGAAAGACGGAGGCUGUGGAAUGAUGCAGACUGUACACUCUCUUACCCUUACAUCUGUGAGGGCAAACCCAAGAGGCACUGACAAAUAACAACUAACCUCAAACACUGCAAGAAUCAUUUUUAUUUGAUUGUAUAUACUUAUGACUUAAGAGAAGAUACAUCUUGAAAAUGAAGUUGAAUUGAAGUUUUCUGCAAAUAGUUUUUAUUUUCUUAAUUUAAGCAUAGCAUUGUGUUAGAUUUUUGCUUAACAAAUUCAACAAUUUACAAGUGGGGCAAGAUUAAUAAACAUUGUCUAAGGAA